AUGGAGGGGGUGGCUUCACUCCUUUAUCUCAGGUCUUUUGGCAUCAAACUAAGAUUUUCUUGUUCUCAUACUUCCCAACACAAUGGACUGGUGCGAAGAGAUCACAGCCAUAUAGAAGAAAAAUGGGUGUUCCCAUCGUCUUCAUCACCAAAACCAAUCAUGAACAACUCCAAUGAAGCUCACCAAAUGGCUGUUCCCAUGUCAAACAAGCGCUACCUCCCUCUUUUGUUGCUCAACUACGCCUUCCUCUUCGUUGGUUCUUUGUCUUCAAGCUUGCUCUCCAAGUAUUACUUCAUCCCCAAGGGAUCAAGCAUAUGGGUUUCAACUUGGGUUCAAUCUGCUGGGUUUCCUCUAAUUAUAAUCCCCAUUCUUCUUCCUUAUUAUCUUUUUAAAUCCACUGAACGUAAACCCUUCGCUCGUUUCACCCCCAAACUUCUGGUUUUGUCGAUCUUCCUAGGGUUCAUGUUAGGCUUAAACAACCUGCUGUUCUCAUGGAAAAAUUCGUAUCUUCCUGUGUCGAAUUCGUCUCUUCUUUUAUCAUCUCAGUUAGUGUUCAAUGUUAUUCUAUCUGUGAUCAUCGUGAAGCAGAAGAUCACUUUCAUGAACCUAAGUUGUGUCAUUUUGUUAACGUUAUCUUCUGUGUUAUUAGCCUUGGAAUCCAGCAAUAAUAAACCCCAUGGUUUAAUUCGAGCCAAGUACUUCAUCGGGUAUUUUUCAACCAUUGGUGCAGGGUUGCUUUUCGCUUUGUAUCUUCCUAUUAUGGAGAUGGUGUACAAGAAGGCGUAUUGUUAUGCAAUGGUGAUGGAAAUGCAGCUGGUGAUUAUCGGGAUGGUGUUCGACGGUGGGUUUGUGGAGAUGAAGAGGGAAGGGAGUGGGGUGUUUGAUAAAGGGGAGAGGGUUUAUUGGUUGACGGUGGCUUCAAACGUCGUGAGUUGGCAGCUUUGUUUCAUGGGGACGGCGGGGGUGGUGUUCUUGACGUGUUCAUUGACCGGAGGGAUCUGCAUGACGGCGUUGCUGAUGAUGAACGUGGUGGGUGGGGUGGUGGCUUAUGGGGACGAAUUUGGUGGGGUUAAGGCUGUUUCCACUGUGAUGUGUGGUUGGGGCUUUUGUUCUUAUGUGUAUGGGAUGUAUGCUAAGAACAAGAUGAUAAAGUAUUUGAAUCCGGAUUCGUAUAUUACAGAAAUUAUAGAUAUUCGACCCGAUAUUCUGAUCCAUGAUCAUCAUCAACAGGGUCGGUCCAAUGAGUUUUAA